CUUGCAUUGUCUACAAUUACCAGCCCUCGUACUGCGACCUUCUUCUUCUUCUUCUUGUCCCCCUCCUCAGGUCUACCUACACCUCUUCCACACCUCCCAGCAUGUCUUCUUCCAUCGCCUCGAAGAUCGUGCGGAUCCAACCGCAACACACGGCUCUCUUCGUGUGCGACAUCCAAGAGCGCUUCGCAAAUGCCAUCUACUCCUUCGACAGUGUGGUCAAGACGGCAAACAAGAUGAUCAAGGCGGCUGCGAUCCUCAAGUUGCCAGUGUAUACUACUGAGCAGGCACCAAAAGCUCUGGGCUCAACCGUUGCCCCCCUCUCCUCUCACCUCUCCUCCCUGCCCCCUCCAAGCACCAUUAUUCCUAAAACCCGCUUCAGUAUGAUCCUCCCCGACUCCACUCCUCAAUGGCUUCAAGAAGCAAAUGUAAAGUCUGUACUUAUCGUAGGGAUUGAGGCGCACGUUUGUGUACUGCAGACGACGUUGGAUUUAUUGCAGAGGGGGGUAGAGGUUCAUGUGCUUGCGGAUGGGGUUAGUAGUUGUAAUGCUGGAGAAAAGGGGGUAGCUCUUGAGCGCAUGCGUCAAGCAGGAGCUCAAAUCACCACAUCCGAGUCCGCCCUCUUCCAAUUGCUGGAAGAUGCCUCGCAUCCUAACUUCAAGGCCAUCUCGGGGCUGAUCAAGGAGGAGAAGCAGCCCACAAAGGAGGCAGUCGAAGCCCUUUUGGGGAAAUUGUAGAUUUGCAAAUCUUGAAUUGGAUCAUUGUGAAUUAUCGAAGCAAGGAAGAGUGAAGAUUGAAGAAACAUUUGGUAUGCUGUGUGAGAAAAAGGGAACAUAGGUGUAUGGACUGGCCCCUUCUCAGUGCCCAGUGCGACUAGCGCGAUCUUUGAGAUACGCAAACUCAGCAUCGCCAGUAGCCUGACAAAGCCUGUAGAACUUGCUCUCCUCUCCCUUAGCGAGCAGAGACGCGGGACUGUCGAAUUCAGCCACCUCUCCCUCUUCAAUGACCAGCAC